UUUAAGGACGUUGGCGACCCUGUUGUGCGUUCCAAACUACUUGUCUACCUGUCACUUUUGCGAUCUGGAAACAGAAUGUGCGGACACACUGUAUCGUGCUUUGAGCCAUAUAGAUCCAGCGCUGUACUUAAAUACUUAUCAUGGCAUUCCUUUAUCUCCACGUGGUGGGAACACUCAGAAUGUACCUGAUCAACAUUGYCCUCGCGAGGGUGGAAUGGAGUCUGGGAGAAUGGUGCAACCCAGCGGGACUCCACUGGAGGCAGUCGGGUUCCCUGGAGCACUUGGCGCUGCUUUUCACCAUGACCUCACUACACCCUGCGUUCCCUUUUUACCAGAGGGAUACUGUCAGACACCAGUUGGAUAAUGUGGAACUGGUCAUAGAGGAGAGAAUGGAUUGCCACAAACGCAUGAGUUUCCAGCAGAAGCAGCAUGCCCUUCGAAGGGAGGAUCUCAGCCCCAGGAGCCAGUCGGCCUGCUGUAUUCCCAAUCAGCUCCCCAACAGGACAUCAUCCCAGAGAGAAGAAGUUCACAUUGACAAGAUUGUGCUAAAGACGAUAUCUUGGAACCGAGUAAACAGUGAAUACAGUAUUGAGGUCCAGUGGUCUGACUCAACAUGGACCACAGUGACCAAGACUCACCGUGAGCUGGGCGACUUCCUGUCCAAGGUACAAGAGGAAAAACACAUCCCCAUCAAUAGAUUAUAGGCCAAGAAUAUACUGGAUUUAAUGUCAGGUGAAAUGAAGUCACACACUCCUUCAUUUGUACAGAGAAGUCUCUAAAUGUUGUCUUWUAAAGGUCAACCCAGAUGCUGUUUUUACUUUCCAAAUGUUUUCAUGUGUUUUCUAGUCACUGAAUGCUCUGUGUGCAUGCUAAUAAAGACUAAUGCUAAUACUGUGACUUUCUGUAUUCAAAUGUAUUUCUUCAUCUAGCUUUAUGUAUACCCCUAAAUGUUGUAUAUAAACAUCAUGAAUAUACAGUGGCAAAAAAAAGUUUGAACCCUUUGGAAAUACCWGAAUUUCUG